AUGGGUCAGACUAUCAGGAAAAGGGGUCAAAUAAUACUCACCAAGAUAAUAAUCAGUCUAAUAGAAGCUGCAGAUGUUGUAGUUCAUUAUGGAAUUGGGGGAUCGACCAACGCCAUUCAUGUUGGAGUCAGUCACUUGACUGUUGCCAUUUUAUGGUUAUUAGGGGUUAAAUCUCCGAUCGCCACUCUAGGAGCUGAGAUUGACAACUACUCUCCACCAGAACUCGUCAAAAAGUUUGAGGAGAUAGUGAAUGCUAAACCCCAGGUGCAGAGCUAUGUGAAGAUAUUCCCAAAAGUUGCUCGUGGUUGGGCUGUAAGGUAUGAUGUUGAUGAUGAAACAGCUGCAAAAAGUGCAGAGGAAGCUCAUAAUGACAUGUUGCAGUGGUUUGCUAAGCAUGUCAAGUUAUUACCUCCGUAUCGUUCUGUACGUUUCUGA